AACAAACUGGAGGAGCUCUGGAAGGAUAAUCCUUCUGCUACCCUUGAGGACCUGGAGAAACCUGGAGUGGAUGAAGAGCCUCAGCAUGUACUACUUCGUUACGAAGAUGCUUAUCAAUACCAGAACAUCUUCGGUCCACUGGUCAAGCUGGAGGCUGACUAUGACAAAAAGCUAAAGGAAUCACAGACUCAGGACAAUAUCACUGUAAGAUGGGAUCUGGGUCUGAACAAGAAAAGGAUUGCAUACUUCACCUUGCCUAAGACGGACUCUGACAUGCGCCUGAUGCAGGGUGAUGAGAUCUGUCUGCGCUACAAGGGUGACCUGGCACCUCUUUGGAAAGGAAUCGGCCACGUGAUCAAAGUCCCGGACAAUUAUGGGGAUGAGAUCGCUAUUGAACUACGCAGUAGUGUUGGAGCUCCAGUUGAAGUAACUCACAACUUCCAGGUGGAUUUUGUGUGGAAAUCAACUUCAUUUGACAGAAUGCAGAGUGCUUUAAAAACCUUUGCUGUGGAUGAGACUUCUGUGUCUGGCUACAUAUACCACAAACUGCUUGGCCAUGAGGUGGAGGAUGUGAUUAUUAAAUGCCAGCUGCCCAAACGCUUCACUGCCCAUGGUUUACCUGACCUUAAUCACUCACAGGUUUAUGCUGUGAAGACUGUCCUCCAGCGUCCUCUCAGUCUGAUCCAAGGCCCUCCAGGCACUGGGAAAACUGUCACUUCUGCUACUAUAGUUUAUCAUCUGGCCAGGCAAGGCAAUGGCCCUGUCCUGGUGUGUGCUCCGAGUAAUAUUGCAGUGGACCAGUUGACUGAGAAGAUCCAUCAUACAGGUCUGAAGGUGGUGCGUCUCUGUGCCAAGAGUCGGGAGGCCAUUGAUUCACCAGUCUCUUUCCUAGCUCUACACAAUCAGAUCCGUAACAUGGAUAGUAUGCCUGAACUGCAAAAGUUGCAGCAGUUAAAGGAUGAGACUGGCGAGUUGUCAUCUGCAGAUGAGAAACGCUACCGUGCUCUCAAAAGGACAGCUGAGCGGGAACUGCUGAUGAAUGCAGAUGUUAUUUGCUGUACCUGUGUAGGAGCUGGUGACCCACGCCUGGCUAAGAUGCAGUUCCGUUCUAUUCUCAUUGAUGAGAGCACACAGGCCACAGAGCCUGAAUGUAUGGUCCCUGUGGUGCUGGGAGCAAAGCAGCUGAUCCUGGUGGGUGACCAUUGCCAGCUUGGUCCAGUGGUAAUGUGUAAGAAAGCUGCUAAAGCUGGUCUGUCUCAGUCGCUGUUUGAGCGUCUGGUUGUCCUGGGGAUCCGACCAAUUCGUCUGCAGGUUCAAUACCGGAUGCAUCCAGCUCUCAGUGCCUUUCCAUCCAAUAUCUUCUAUGAGGGCUCACUGCAAAAUGGUGUCACAGCAGCGGAUCGUGUUAAGAAAGGCUUCGAUUUCCAAUGGCCACAGCCAGACAAACCAAUGUUCUUCUAUGUAACCCAGGGCCAGGAGGAAAUUGCUAGUUCAGGGACCUCCUACCUCAAUAGGACUGAGGCAGCCAAUGUAGAGAAGAUCACCACCAAAUUGCUGAAGGCAGGUGCUAAGCCAGAUCAAAUCGGCAUCAUCACACCAUAUGAGGGACAGCGAUCCUACCUGGUGCAGUACAUGCAGUUCAGUGGCUCCCUUCACACCAAACUCUAUCAGGAGGUAGAAAUUGCCAGUGUUGAUGCAUUCCAAGGCCGAGAGAAGGACUUCAUCAUCCUAUCGUGUGUCCGAGCCAAUGAGCAUCAAGGCAUUGGAUUUCUCAAUGACCCACGGCGACUGAAUGUUGCCCUCACAAGAGCGAGAUAUGGUGUGAUUAUUGUGGGAAAUCCAAAGGCUCUGUCCAAACAGCCACUGUGGAAUCACCUGCUGAAUUACUACAAAGAGCAGAAAGUGCUGGUGGAGGGACCACUGAACAAUCUCCGCGAGAGUCUGAUGCAGUUCAGCAAACCACGGAAGCUUGUCAACACCAUCAAUCCGGGAGCCCGGUUCAUGACGACAGCUAUGUACGAUGCUCGAGAAGCUAUCAUCCCAGGCUCUGUAUAUGACAGGAGUGGCCAGGGUCGUCCAUCCAACAUGUACUUUCAAACUCAUGACCAGAUUGGGAUGAUUGGAGCCAGCCCCAGUCACGUUGCUGCAAUGAACAUCCCCAUUCCCUUUAACCUGAUGAUGCCCCCAAUGCCACCACCUGGGUACUUUGGACAAGCAAAUGGACCAGCAGCAGGUCGUGGAAUCGCAAAAGGAAAAGUGGGCCGUGGGGCUCGUCAACGAAACCGUGGCAUGGGGAACCAGCUGAACAGCCAGUCGAAUCUGCCCAACAGCCAGGCCAGUCAGGAUGUGGUGUCUCAACCAUUCUCUCAGGGGCCUCUGACCCAGGGAUACAUCUCAAUGAGCCAGCCCUCUCAAAUGAGCCAGCCUGGCCUUUCUCAGCCAGAACUCUCUCAGGAUAGUUACCUGGGAGAUGAGUUCAAGUCUCAGAUUGACGUGGCCUUGUCGCAGGAUUCCACUUACCAGGGCGAACGUGCAUAUCAACAUGGGGUGACUGGGCUGUCACAGUACUAGAAUGUUAAGGAGAGGAGAGCUAGGCUUGAGCCAAGCUUAGUUCAACAGUAAUUCAAUCUGGGGAAUAAAAACAAAAAUGGAUACCUGUUUCCACUGCGACUACCGAGGCAUCAACUGUGAGAGAGCAACAGGAGAGAGAAAAACCAACCAAACGGGAGGAAGAGAGGAGAAAAAGGAGAAAGGAGGAGGAGAGAGAAAGACCACUGCUAGCAGAUUGAGACGAGGAGAUUGACUGGAGGAACGAAGAAAUAGAGGGCACUUGUGCGCCUUGUCAGCCAGGCCAGGCCUGGUCUCACACAUCUACUAAACUGUAUUGCUGUUACCACGCAACUCGCCCUUGGAAAGAAACCACAUGUUGCUGAGACCCUGCUCCCAGCUCAUCAAACAAGGGAGAGAGGAGGGGCUCGUGCUAAACUAACAGUUACCUGCUACAUCCGGACUACCCGUUUCCUGGAGAACGUGGGAGACCUUCUUGGUUUUGGGAAUAAAAGGGAAUGUUAUCUCUCAGUUGUGCUCUGGACGCUACAAUUAGCGAUUAUACUGUAAAUUUCAGCAGUUAGACCGUCGAGAAGCAAAGAUUAAUUUCUGGCAAAACCCAGUUGACACAGAGCUGCCUUGUGCCUCCACCCCUUCAUUCACUUCAAAGUCGUGAGUUGAUCUCAAGAUUCAGGCUUUCUGCCCAGUGCUACUGUUUCAUGUUGCUUUCUCAAAUCUUCUGCAGUAACUGGUGUUCCAAGUUGGGGUUCAUGAAGGGUUAACUGUGGACUGUCUGUCAGAUCCCAGCACUGGGCUGUGGGAGAAUUCUGCUCAGUUAUCUUUUUUGCAAGUUUUACAUUUAUUAGAAAUGCACAGAAUGACAGGAAAAGCUGAUGUUGGCCACUGCUCCUCAGGCAAGAAUAAUCAGUCAGACCAUUGUUGGUUAGUCCAAGGAAGAGGUUUUUAAACCCACUGUAAUCAGCUGAUUGUGGAUGUUUUUCCCAUCAUAUUCUGUUUUAAGAUGAUCUGCUUCCAAAUAGGAUUUUUUAGCUUCUAGCUUUCUGAGAGUGAUGAGAUCAGCAAAGGGAUUUCAGCAGAGUAGCGGUCCCUGCUUUAGAAUCACCCCAGCCCACAAUGAAUCCAGGAAGGCAGGCAAGUGACUGCAGCAUUGUCUUUGUUGGGCAAGCAGUGUUUACAUUGCCAUUGAGAGCUAUAGUGAAGCACCCAGUGCCAGGAGGGUUACAGGAAUGUUUUCACAUGAGUGUGACGUGCUGGCUUUGGGCUCAGCAUGCUGACUGGAUCAAACUAAGGGAAGCAGGAACACAUGAAGAAUUGUCUGGGCAGCUGUUAAAUUUUUGUCUGAACAUCGAAAUGAAUCACUUGGUAACGGGUUAAAUCAGAAAUCAGAGUGAAACUUUUAAAGUAUGAAGCUUAAUUUGUUCCAUUAAUUUCAGUGUCAUUUACAUUUAUUACUGAAUUCUUUUAAACAAGUACCUUUAGAACAGCUUUGUGCAUGUAGUUAUACCAGUGCAAAGAUUUGUAUUGUGUGGAUACUGGCAGGAUUCCUGUUUGGCCCUAACCCAAUUAAAACUUUUUGUUUUGGGAAACCUAAGCUGUUUUUGAAAGUAAAGAACUUUCCAUCAUUGGCAAGAAGCAAACAUAAGCUUGUACAAUUAUCUCUUGCAUCCAUGUUGAAGUUCAGGGCGACAGUCUUGAACACUAAAUAAUGAAGGCCAGGGUUUUCAUCUCGAAUGAAUGCAGAAAGGGUUUUGUCUGUAAUACUAUGUAUUACACUUUGCCCUAGUUUCUGUUGUGCAGAGAGAAUCUGGUUUAUGAAGUCUGUCAUUUUCCACAUGAAUUCAAUUGAGAACAUUCUCACUACCAGGCAGAGUAGGGCAAGUCCAACUAGCUACAAUACAGAACCACUGCUUCUCUAAAAGACCUGGCAACCAAGUCAAUGUGUUGCCCAUUACAGAAUAUUAGAAAACCCUUGCAGCUGUCCAAAAAUUCAAUUAAAACAAAAGGCACAGUAUUUGUGUGCAAGGUGAACGUCACUCCAGGCCUUGACUUCCAACUAUUGACUCCCUUUUAAAACACAUCUCAUCCUUAAGUGGAGUCUAGUUUGCUUGAAGGUACAAAGAUGCACAGGGAAUAUGCUUGUUCCACUUGCAGCUUCACCCUUUCACUACCCAAUUUCUUUUUGCUGAUGUCAAUCCCAUUCAUUAAUUCUGCAGUAACAAUUGGAUUGAUUUGAAGAAUUGGGCUGUGUUGCUGAGGAACACUGGGUUAGCCUGUUGUCUCUUUAAUGGCUGUACGUGUAAUGUAUGGCUUUGAGCAACUGUGCUUCCUCCAUGCAAUGGUCUCUUUAUUCAGCAAUGCCAAUCCUACUGGUGGCCAGCGGUCUGACAGGCAGCUGCUGUGGACUUAGGGCGGGUGUGAACUCUGUAAGCCCUCCUGUCAAGUGGUCGAGAUGUUUUCGGGCACGGGAUCAGGCUGAAGGGGCUUCUCCUUUUAUGAAACUUGUUUGUUUUUUGUUUGUUUUUGGCUUCCUGGCGGAAUUGUUAGAAGUUCAAUAGUUGCAUUUGUUUAUGGUAGUUCAUCAUUUUUCAGCUGUGAGCCCUCUGUAAAAGAUAUAAUCCAUUGGAGAUCACCUUCAUUCACCCCCCUCCACUGAUUGACUUACGCUUUGUGCUUUGUUUUACUUUGUAGCAGGAAGAGGAAAUUCUGAUUUUAAAAUCUAUGACGAUUCUGGUGCUGGUUCUGCAUCUGUUAGAUUGGGAAAAUACAUUUCCACUCGUCUAAAUUGUUUUAUUUUAAACCAAUUUGUCUGUAACAUGAACCAUUAAUAAAAUUAGCUCUGCAUAA